AUGGUAUACACGACAGUCAAAAACAAAAUAAAUAAUAACACCAUCAAAUACCAUUUCAUCAAAACAGAUGGUAAUAAACUAACUUAUACGGAAUUUAUUAAUCUUUUAAAAAGUAAAAACAAAGAUUUUAUAAAAGAAUUUGACCGCCAAUUAAGUCAAGCACCGGCAGAACUUUCUCUCCAACCAACUGCUUAUUUUUGGGAAUGUAUUCCAGUUUCUCAGAAUACUCUUGAUAGAGAAUUUGAGUUUGUAGCCGUAAAAUCAAAAGAAUUGGAUAAUAUUAAGCAAGAUUUAUCUAGUUUCCAAGAACAUUUUCAGAGAAGUAGUGAUAGCCAUGUAGUUAGUUUUCCCAGUCUAAGUGGAGAUACAUUAGUAGUGCCAAUGCCAGUGCGAGGCUAUCAGUAUAAUUGUAAUGAAUAUGUUGAUGAAAUGCGAGAUUAUAAAAAUCUAAGAGAAUUUAAUUGUAAUGCUUCAAUGGAGCAAAAAGAGAAUUUUUGGCAGAAAGUCGGUGAGAAAAUGGCAGAAAGUUUGCUUAAUGCGAAUAAUGCUCCAC